AUGCCGCCAUCACUGACCUUUGCCCCAGUGAUCCUGGGCCUCUGCUGGUAUGCCCCCACCUCAACUACCCCCCCACUCCAACAACCUCCAACACUCCAAAUACCCCCCACACUCCAACUACCCCCCACACUCCUACUCCAACAACCCCCAACACACCAACUACCCCCCACACUCCAACUACCCCCCACA